AUGGACUAUUCUGAGCAACAUCGCUACAACUAUGGAUCUGUCAGUGGUCAGAAAUCCAGUCAUUGGAACAACGAAGGCCAACAAGGAUUGCAAUAUUCCAGCGUCUAUCAGUAUGGUAAUUCCGGACGUGAUUCGAGGCAACAAGUUCAUGAAGGUUACGCACAUCAAAGGAUUACGUCACAAAUGUCGUAUAUGGGACACAGCGACGUUGUAUGGGCACCGACCAACACAACCUUUGACACAAGAACCAUGGCCCCUAGCAACCAGCGCGCAGGUGGAAAUUGUCAGAACGUCACUUACAUGGACGAGCACGACUCUGGCAGUAGUAGAGGAAACAGAAUACCCAAACCGGAAGUUGGAGUGAUGAAAACUCCGCGAGAAAAUCGCGUGAAAGCAAGUGUAGGAUGGCUGGAGGUGUUGGACACCAACGAUAAUGAUGAACUCCAUUUUGAUGAGGACUCUGAUCAAUUUAAUGAAGGUCAAGGACGAAAG